AUGCCAAAUAAUGCCAGUUCCAGCGAUUCCAACACUGUAGUACAACCAGGAUCAGAAUCGACUCGCCAUGGUCAUAUGCAGGAAGCUUUCGAUGAGGGUCGAUCGGAAGAGGAUCAGAUUCCCAACAACAACAACAACAACUACUCAAACACUGCCAGCCAACACAACACACAACAUACCACCUCGACCCAUUUGAAGCCUCAGUCUCACGCUACCAAUCAUGUUGAUACAACGCAUCUACCAUCAGCUACAGCUGAAGCUAUGGGAACGUAUGGGAACAUUUCACAAAACAUCUAUUGUGGCACUGCCACGGGUCGAUCCAUUGCAUCAGAAUCCAUGCCAUGCGAGUGCAAAUAUGAUCCUGAUUCCAGCGAUCCAGACGAAGCAUGUGGUGAUGACAAUACGUGUAUCAACCGGAUGAUGUUUAUGGAAUGCCUUGCGGAACAUUGCCCAAGUGAUCGAUAUUGCAGGAAUCGUCGGUUUCAAUUGAGACAAUAUGCACGUGUCGAUGUCAUCCGCACAGAGCUCAAAGGUUAUGGUUUACGUGCUCUCGCUGAUUUACCUGCAAACGCGUUUAUUAUGGAAUACAUUGGUGAAGUCAUCCCUUACAAGGAAUUCAUUCGGAGGACCAAGCUAUAUGAAAAAGAAGGCGUCGAGCAUUAUUAUUUCAUGACAUUAAAGAAUGACGAGAUUAUUGAUGCCACGAGGAAAGGUUGCCUUGCUCGAUUCAUCAACCAUUCUUGUAAUCCCAACAGCGUCACACAAAAAUGGGUGGUUGGCAAAUCAAUGAGGAUCGGUUUAUUCACGAUGCGACCUGUCAAGGCUGGCGAGGAACUCACUUUUGAUUAUAAAUUUGAACGCUAUGGUGCUACCGCACAACCCUGUUAUUGUGGUGAACCCAAUUGCAAAGGCUAUAUCGGUGCAUCAUCAUCUCAGGAAGAGGAAGAGCUUACUGGACAGUUCAUUGAGCCCGAAGAAGAUAUCGAUGAGGAGGAUUUACGAUCUUUGCAACCGUUACAUGACGUGGAGCAAGUCAAGUCAUUUGUCAAAAAGAUGCUCGACUCUAUCGGCAAUGCAUCAUUGGUCAACAAACUGCUGGAUUGCUUGGAUUUGACAAACCCGGAGAAUUCGGUCGGCAAAGAAGUACUCAAACGAUUCGUACGGCUACAUGGAUUGAAGAUGCUCAAAUGCUGGCUAAGUGAAUGGAAAUACAAUGAUGAAAUCAUUGAAAAGGUGCUUCGUAUCCUUGGAAAGCUACCUCUGGCCAAUAGGAAUGGUCUCGACGACUGCAAAAUGUUCGACGUGGUUCGAAAGUUCACUGACAGUGAGAGCGAAGAAAUCAGCACUCAGUCAACAGAGCUACUGGAAGCAUGGAGCGAAUUAAAAGAAGUCUACAGGAUUCCUAAACGAGUGUAUGUCGAGAAUGAAGUAGAGGAUGUCACUGAAGCUGGUACCGAGGUUGAUACAGAGCACAAGGAGAUCGUUCGUGAAAAGGCAGCGUCAAAGAAAUCAAAAUACAACUCCACGCGGGCGUUCUUUGAUCCUGAUGACGAUUUUUAUGAGUAUAUACCUUUGACCACGACUGAUGCCGAGAUCAAUUCUAUCAUGCGUUAUCCUCCUCGACCCGCCAUUCCUACGGCGCCACGUGCCAUGCUAGAAUAUACCGCCAUGAUGAACGACAAUAGCUACGGAUGGUAUCAUUAUCCCACCUACAACUAUUACGACAACAGUUAUCCUGGAUGCUAUGUUUUACAGGAUCUUCAAUAUGCGUACAUGGCAUCACUGGGCUCGGAAGCAUAUAACCAGGGGCAAGUUACUCAAACAGCACAAACGGAAGCAGAUCAAGGCAAUACAGCACUUGCAGGCCAAGAUCCAGCAGCACCUUCGACUAGUGGUGGUGGUGGUGUUGGUGGUGGCACAUCCAAUGGCACCGAGACUCGCAAGCUUCCAGCAAAUUGGCAAAAAGCAGUGACGGAUGCAGGGGAUACCUAUUAUUACAAUACAAUCACCAAAGUAUCGCAAUGGGAGUUUCCAGAGGAAAAAGUCAGCUCCAUAGAAGGUGUGGAUAAGAACCAGCUGGAUGAUCUUGUAAAGCAAGCUGUGGAACGUAAACGGCAACAAACUAGCAGCAUCAGCCCAGCCAAUUCAGUGACGGGUCAAACGCCACGUGUUGUUACGCCUGCAGCAUCUACCAGUGGGUCCAAUGAAGUUGAAGGAGGGGGCCAUGGCAUGGAUGAAGUGGAUCUCAAGCGAGAGGUUGGCAAGGUGGUUACCAAGUAUCUGACAGUGAGGCAACAAGCACUUUGGAAAGGUGAUAAGCAUUUAUUUAAGGAGCUUGCAAGAAAGUUGACACACCACGUGGUUGAUCGAGAAACUCAAUCCAAGCGCAAGAUUGUGGGAAUGACUGGGGCACUACGUGCAAAGAUUGAAAAGUUUAUUGACAUGCAUGGAAACGAUUUCGCUCUCAAGAUACAACAAGCUCGGCAAAAGUGA